AUGUUAGACCUUCUGGCCACAGUGCCUCGCACUGAGAGGUUGUCUCCAUCCACAGCUCUAACACAAAGAAAUCUUUCUGCAGCCGCCGUACAAUCCCGUCCAUUUUGUCAUUAUGACUUUCUAGAAAUUGGGGAAAUUGAAGAGAACAUUCGCCUUGCUCAAGCAUGCAAAAAAACAAGACAUUUCAUUGUCAACCCAGAUCUUGCUAAUCUUGUCACGCAACACCUUGGACCUGACAUAGAAGAUUCUAGAACGGUUUUGUUUGAAUGUAACCCAGGGCCUGGUGUCCUCACAAAAACGUUGUUGAAGGCUGGAGCCCAAAGAGUGGUAGCUCUUGAAGGAGACAAGUCCUUUCUAUGUGAUUUACAGGAUUUGGAAGGUCGUCUUGAUGGUCAGCUGGAAGUGGUUUUUUGUGACUAUUUUAAACUCGACCCCAUUGGCAGUGGACACGUCAGAGCCCCUGUUAUGUUUACUGACAAACUUUUCGGUGAUCUUGGAAUAUCAGAGGCAAAUUGGACUGAUGAUGUCCCUGUGAAGGUGGUUGUUUAUAGAUACGGAAGGAUUGAGCUCAACCUCCUCAUAAGUGAGAAAGCAUAUCAGAACCUGACGGCCAGUCCUGGUAACAUGAUGAAGUACAGAGCUUUUGGUGUCUUGUGGCAGAUGGCCUGUGAUAUUCAGUUGCUGCACAAGGAGCCAUGGGAAUCAUUUGUGGCCUCUACAAUGCCAAGUGCUCCAACCUCCAGAGGCAAACUCGCUAAUAACCAUCUGUGUCUUGUGAGAUUGCGCCCUCGGGCAGACUUAUUCUCUUCGGGUUUGACUCCCUCUAAUGCUGCCACUCUGUUAAUGAUGGUCAAACAGUGUCUGGCAAAAAGAAAAGUCAAACUUCUCGACAGGCUUAAUCUCUGGUCUCCAGAUAGUGGAAGCAAACUGUUGUCGGAGAUGGGGUUACCCAAGGACAUUCUGACUGGGCAUGUAUAUCCAGAAGAGUAUCUUCGACUGUUUCUUUUAAUGGAUAAGAGCCAGGAGUUCACACAGAGUGAUAUUGGAAGCGAUGAUAACAGCAGAACCAAUGACCUAUCAAAGGAGGAUAAACAUUUGCGCAAGUUAAGACCAAUGGAUCAUGAUGGGCAUUUCAUGAUGGAGGACAGUAUAAUGUCACAAGAGUUGAAUGUCUGUGACAAUUUUGCAGUGUCCUCUGCAAACCUAAAUGAGUUUGCACAAACCCAGAGUAAACAUGGGUCCAAAAAUGAGAUUGUUGAGCAGCAAGUUUCGUCAAAAGCCCCUUUUUACAACUAUGAAAAGUAUGUGCAAGACCCUCUGUAUGAGAACAUCUGUACAACACAACUGGAAGGAGACAGUGAUGAGGUGAUGAAGGAAGUGGAGGACAACUCAGAAGAAUCAAUUUUAUUCCGAUGCCAGUCUCCAGAAACCCUCAUGACUGAUUCCUCAUAUUCAGAAUCAGGAAGUCUACUUGAGACGCCCUACGCCCUAAGUCCUGGGACCAGUCCAGAGCCCCACUCCCCUUUCUCUCUCUCUGAACGGCUUAACAAACAAGGCCAGAGCAGUGCAUUGGAAUUGGCUUCUGAGAAUGUCUUGGACCAUCACUUAACUUGUAUAAUUGGAACCAGUCCUGUAGCAGAAGAAAAGCCUCCGUAUAGUGGAACUGGUGAUCAGGAAACUUCCAAACAAACUUGUCCUAUAACGAUCAGCGCAAAUCAAGAUCCAUCGCAGCUCCUUGAGCGUUUGGAUCAGCUGUCAAAAAGUGGCGAUGAUACUCGGCUCCCUCUAUACCUGCAUGAGAUCGCUGAGGCCUUUGUCUCUCAUGAAGACUAUCAAAGGGCAAUCUGUUGUAUACAACUUGAGAGACUCUAUCACCAGAGACUACUGGAUAAUCUGACUGCACUGCAGAAACAAUGGGAAAGUCAUUGUAACACAACAGACCCAGCUUUGACAUCAAGCCAUCUCGACACUCUUCAGCAGAUAUGCCUCACACACAGCCGACCCAAGACAAUUGGAGUUGAGUGUCCUUUGGAUUCUUUGGCUGUGCCUUCAUGCAGCACAGACUGUCUGAUUGAAGGAAAAAUGGAGCAAUUGCAAAUCUCCUCCGAGAGCUCUUUAUUGGUCCAUACUAUUGAUCUGGGGGAUACAAUAGAUUCUUCUGUGGUCCCAGGGAAUGUUCUGGAAGAUGGUAACUCAAAAAAUAAAGACUGUUCCCAACAUACGCCGUUGAAUGAGAGUGAGUGUAUAGAGGAGCCAGCGGGUGGACCGGAAGGCACCAUGUUAGCUCCUGGAGUUGAGCUACCCCCCUCCAGAGUGGAUGACAUGGAUCAGUCCAAAACCGCAGAGCAGCAAGGGGAGGGUCUGAGUCCUGCCCAAGAACAGGAGGCAGAUGCAGUGGAGCAACAAGAUGUAGAGGAGGCCACCGAGGCUCUGGAGAUGGAGGAUGACGAGGAAGGAGAGGAGGAGGGCCAGAAUGGAAAAGCUUUUAGGUUUUGCCCCAAGACACUUCCAGUGGAGACUGUUGUUAGUGCGGCAGCAGUGGAAAUCCGUCUACAGGAAUCUAAAAGUGAGCCAGAGAUAACCCUUCUCAGCCCAGAGGAGACACAGAUAUCUGGUGAAUCCUGUCUGGGCUCUGACAUGCAGGCUUUUGAAGAGAAUGACCUGAAUCGGCCCUGUUUGGAUUUUGGAAAAGAAGAAGAGGAAGACGACUAUGAGGUUGAGCAGGUGGAUCUGGUCCGAGCAGCUGCUACAUUAGAUGACCUGGCUAAACAGAUCACUGUAGAAGAGUUAAUCCCUGCUCCUGGUCUGGUGUCUAUUUUGAAGAAGAAAGCUGUGUUGAUUGCCUCUCCAACAUCUGCAGGCCCACAAUCUCUGUGUGAUAAACUGCCUGCCAAACGGCGUGUUCGUUUUAAAGUUCCUGAUGACUGCUUUGACAAUGAAAUGGGUGGUGGAGACUCCUGCCUGCUCCUCUUCCUCCUGUGCCUGGUGACUGUCGUGAUCAGCAUUGGAGGGAUGACUCCUGAAGUGCAGCGGGUUGUGAGUCUGGGAAAAGGCAAUGGGCUACAGGCCACAGCCGGGAUCAGGCGAGGGCAGUUGGUGUUUUCUAACGAGCCCCUGGCCGCGUGUGUUACCCUCAAACUGGCCAGCAGCACAUGCCACCACUGCCUCUCGCGACCGGAGACCUUGUUGAGGUGCUCCCAGUGCAAAAUGGCUCGCUACUGCAACAUCACUUGCCAGAAACGAGCCUGGCCUGUCCAUAAGAGUGAAAUUAUCUUUGCCAAGUGUUCCUCUUAUAAAGCAAAUAGUGAGGAACUUUACUCCCUAGAAGAGCUUGAAUCACAUCUCUGCUCCAUGUCUGAACAGAAGAAAGAAGGUCUAUCCCAGCUGGCCUCUAUGUUACAGCUCUAUCUCCAACAGGAAGUCCCUACACUGGCUCAAGCUACUUCACCUGUGCCCCCCUCUUGUCAGGACCCCCUCUGCCUCAUGGGAAAGGUGACGUGCAAUUCUUUCACCAUCAGUGAUGGGGAGCUGCAGGAGAUCGGAGUGGGCCUGUAUCCAAGUUUAUCUUUAUUAAAUCAUGACUGUGAACCAAACUGCGUGAUGGUGUUUGAAGGAACCAAACUCCACCUCAGAGCUGUGAAAGACAUCAAGCCCGGCGAUGAGCUCACUUUAAGUUACAUUGAUUCAUUGGACCUCAGCGAAGACCGGAGGAAGAGACUUGAAGAGCAGUAUCAUUUCACUUGCUCCUGCCAUAGAUGUGACACGAGAGACAAGGAUGCGCUCAUGGUGUCCGGUGAAGAAGCAACAUGGCGACUGCUUAAAGAGGCUCUUCCCAGACUGGAUGAACUAAAGUCUGAAGCAAACUGGCCGGAGCUGCUGGCCGAGUGUAAACGUGUCCUGUCUGCGGCUGCUGACACUGUUCCUGAUCAUAAUCUGUACAAACUCAAAGUCACAGAUGCAGCUUUAGACGCCGGUAUUCAGCUUGGACUCUGGGAAGAAGCUUUAGCAUUUGGACUGAGGACACUUCCAGUUUACAGACUUUACUUUGCUGAUCCACAUCCAGUGCACGGAGUCCAGCUGAUGAGAGUCGGGAAACUGCAGCAUUUCCUUGAACACAUCGCUGAUGCUUUUGACACAUUCAAACAAGCUUUUGAAAUCUUGAAAGUGACCCACGGUGACUCUCACGCUUUGACGUCUGAACUGAAGAUGAAGAUGGAAGAAUGUCGAUGUGAACUAAAUCAAUGA